GAUCUCCAGAUAUCAUAAAAUCGAGAUCUAAAACAGUGAGAACUUUGAAACUGACAUCUUCUGUUGAUAUCUUUAGAUUAGUCUUACAGAUACACGUAAUAGAAGACCGAAAUUCACCUUAUGCUUGUGCGAAUUUAGACAACCAUCUUCCAAACGAUUGAAGGAUGGAGAACAGAACGGAGAAAGAGAUCGCCGGUCGUCUCCCGCUGUCGGAGGUGGUGGCGGAUUGUGUUAAGCGGUGGUUUAAGGAUACAUUGAAGGAGGCUAAAGCAGGGGAUAUCAACAUGCAAGUGUUAUUGGGUCAGAUGUAUUACAGCGGUUAUGGGAUUCCCCGAGAUGCUCAAAUGGGAAGAAUUUGGCUCACCAAAGCAUCAAGAACUAGGUCUUCAGUCUGGAAAGUCGGUGAUAAGCAUCCAGGUUAUAAUGCAAGUGAUUCUGAUUCUGAUGAAUUGAAGGGUGAUUCUUAAGCAGAUUAAUCAUGGUUUAUGCCUAAAAAUUAUGAAGGGUAUGCUUGGCUUGUGGAAUCUAGCCUCCGCUCUGGGGUGUUCCCAGGAGCACUUCACAAUUUUUCCAUCUGGUUUCUGAGCUGUCUGAUUUGCCCC